UAUCCAGGCUGUGGAGGUGACAUGGCCAAGUCACACCUGCUGCCGUGGCUGCUGCUGCUCUCCACACUCUGUGGCCCAGGCACUGCUGACCGGACCGCCUCAUCUGUGACUUGUGCCCGGGGCCCUGAGUUCUGGUGCCAAAGCCUGGAGCAAGCCUUGCAGUGUAGAGCGCUGGGGCACUGCCUACAGGAAGUCUGGGGUUACAUAAGAGCUGAUGACCUGUGCCAGGAAUGCGAGGACAUCGUCCACAUCCUCACCCAGAUGACCAAGGAGGCCAUUUUACAGGACUCGAUACGGAAAUUCUUGGAGCGUGAGUGUGACGUUCUCCCCUUGAAGCUGCUCGUGCCCCAGUGCCAUCACAUGCUCGACACCUACUUCCCAGUGGUCAUCGACUAUUUCCAGAACCAGAUUAACCCAAAGGUCAUCUGCAAGUACCUGGGCCUGUGCAGACCUGAGCGUCCGGAGCCAGGGCAAGAGCCAGAGCUGUCAGACCCCCUGCUGGACAAGCUGACCCUCCCCGUGCUGCCCAGAGCCCUCCAGGCGAGGCCUGGGCCUCAUACACAGGACCUCAUGGAGCAGCGGUUCCCCAUCCCCCUCCCCUUCUGCUGGCUCUGCAGGAUGCUGAUCAAGCGAAUCCAAGCAGUGAUUCCCAAGGGUGUGCUGGCCAUGACCGUGGGCCAGGUGUGUCACAUUGUACCCCUGGUGGUGGGGGGCAUCUGCCAGUGCCUGGCCGAGCGCUACACCGUCCUCCUGCUGGACGCACUGCUGGGCCGCGUGCUGCCCCAACUGGUCUGUGGCCUCGUCCUCCGCUGCUCCAAUGAGGACGCUGCUGGCCCAGUCCUCACAGCUCUGGAGUCCCUGCCCGGAGAAUGGCUACCUGAAGAGUCCACGUGCCACCUCUGCAUGUUUGUAACCAGCCAGGCAGGGAACAGCAGUGGGCCGGCCAUGCUGCAGGCAAUACGCCAGGCCUGCCUCAGCUCCUGGCUAGACAGGCAAAAGUGUGAACAAUUUGUGGAGCAGCACAUGCCCCAGCUGCAGACCCUAGUGUCCAGGGGUGGGGAUGCCCACACCACCUGCCAGGUCCUGGGGGCGUGUGGGACUACAUCCAGUCCUCUCCAAUGCAUCCACGUUCCUCACUUCUGAUGAGAACUCAAAGCCAUGCCAGCAACCAGGGCUUCCAGGACCAGGAAGAGCUGGGUCUUCCAGCCUGUUGAAACAGGAAAAGCAACGGAUUGACACAGAGGACCUGAGCUCUGAUCCCAACUCUGCCAUCAACUGGCCAUGGAUCCCCAGCCAAGAUAUGUUGCCCCCUCCCUGCCUCUCAUUCUCCUCAGAGGCAAAGGAGGAUCGAAUAAGGUGGUCUCUAGGAUUCUUGGGUUCUUGCAUGUGACAAGGCUCCUCCUCAGGCUCCCUGCCCCCUGCCCACACUGAGAAACACCCUUCACUCCCACAGUCACCUUCCCCACCUCCUUUCCUCAGAAAGACGUUAAGCUGGUGCACCACAAACCUGCAGCUUGUAACCUCAGUCCUGUGUCAGUCUUACCUGUCCUGUCUCUAGCCACAGCCCAAGCCAGUGUGACUUCCAUCCUCUCUGGGUGUGAGGUACAGCCAAGGCAGCAUCUUCUGAAGGAGGUCUGCAAGAGGGGGCCUCUGGCCUGGGAACUUCCGGCCAGACUUCACACUGCGCUGGAGCCAGUCCAGUUCCUACAACACCCAGGAGCUGGGUCCAGGGGAACCCAUCAGCCACACAGUCCCUCCCUGGCUCCCAGACGACAACGGGGUAGAAGCUGGGGCCUGCCUCACUUGAUCUCCACGUGGGCAAGAUACUGGCUUUUACAAUUAUUUUGCUAAUACUUUCACAAAGUUCAAAUUCAGAAGAAUAAAAAAAAUGGGAACAUAAAGUACCAUAAAAGAUGGAUAGAUGAAGUCAAACUUUUUUUUAAAAAUCAGGUCGCUGAAGUGUCAAGAAUGGACACAGUAGGGCUCAAGCAUGGUGUGAAGCUGACUGGAGAAACUUUCAUUAUUUGAAAUGUUCUGCAGCUUAAGAGCUGUCACUUUAAGAUGUAAAAAGGGGUUUUCUUUUUAUCUUUUUGUAAGGUGAGCUUCCAACUUUUGAUUGAAAUUCCAGCAUGAUUCCAUUUCUGCUAGGAUUUCUCCCCUCAAAGCUCAGUUGGGGCGCGUGCUAAAACUCGGUUCCUCUGUACUACAAUACCUGUAACAAUUCUAAUAACAUCUAUUGCUUCAUACUAAAAGGAAAAAGACACAGCUGUUUAAGAUGCACCCCCCCCCCCCCGAGGGUACCUAGUCAUUCUCCUCCUUCACAGAGUAGAUGCCCACAGUGCAUCCUGUAAUGGCUUCCAGCCUGCCCCCGCCCCUUCUCCCAAAGAGUCCACUCACUGUGAUGAGAUGAGGUGGUUAGGGUACCAAAACCUCAAAAUACACACCAAAACAAAAAACUGAAUAAACCUUUACCAUUAAAGAUC